GCGCGUGCGCGCGGGGCGACACGAAGAUUGUCCGAUGCACUUCCCGUUGCAGUCCUCCGCCAACUCCUCCCUCACCAUCCCCCCCCCCUCAACCCCGCAACAGUUCGACGAUGCGCCGCGCGCUCCUCGUAUCUCGUAUUCGCGAUUACGCGCCGUGUCCGUGGGCGACUCGACGGGACCGACGACGUUCGGCCGUUCGCGCGUGGUACACUACACCCGGGCGAGAGCGGUGGCCGCAGCGGUGCUUCAAAACGGGCCGCGUUGGUGGUUCGCGUUCAGUAGCGGGGCGCGCUUCGCGCUGGACGGACGAGGACAGUGGUGCGUACGUACACGUGUGCCACGCGGAUGCUCGCGAGACGUGCGAUGUGCCACGGCCAGGACUGAACGAACGAUUGAUCGGGAUACGCACGGCGAUUCAACAUGUCCAUGAAGAAGGAGUCGCCUUGGGACGUGGAGCUGCAUCUGGCAGCGGCACGUGGGGAUGCCAAACGUCUUCGUAUUUUAUUGGAUUCCGGACGCGUGCACGUUGAUUGCAAGGACAAGGACGGCACGACACCUUUGAUAUUAGCCGCCGCCGGUGGCCACAUCGACGCCGUGACCGAGCUGUUGCACCAGGGGGCGGAUCCCAAUGCCAAAAGGCUGACCGGGACAACGGCUUUGUUCUUCGCCGCCCAGGGCGGAUACAUGGACAUCGCGGGUCUGCUUCUGGAGCACGGCGCGAUCGUGGAUUCGUGCAGCAUAGACGGCGGCACGCCGCUCUUCGUCGCGUGCCAGUACGGUCAUCUGGACGUCGUGGAGGGCUUAAUAGAGAGAGGCGCCAGUCCGAACGCUCAUAUGAAGGACGGUGCCACGGCGUUGUUUAUUGCUGCCCAGAACGGCCAUUUGCGAAUUCUGGAGGUCCUCCUGGAACACGGUGCGAAAACGGACGCGGUGAGAACGGACGGCGCCACGCCGUUGUGGAUCGCGUCGCAGAUGGGACACGACCACAUCGUCAGAAGGUUGCUAAGAGCCGGCGCGAAGGUCGACGCUACGAGACACGAUGGUGCAACCCCACUCUUCAAAGCCGCCCACAAAGGUCACACUGCCGUCAUCGGCGAGCUGCUGAAGUACCGUCCUUCGCUCGGCGUGCUCCCGAACGGCGAAAGUGCACUGCAUGCGGCUGCCUUGACGGGGCACAUGACGGUAGCGAGGCAGCUUGUGGGAGCGGGGGCUGAUCCUUUGCUCGUAAAUCAGGAGGGCAUCACACCCCUUCAACUGGCCGUCCGACACUCGCAGACGCAGGUCGCCAAUUACCUGAGGGACAAAGUGAGAGUGCGAACCGCGUCCUGUUAGCAAUACUUCCUGUGUCCCGAUGCUACUAUAUCGAGAAUCUCGAGAUACUGUUCGACAAGUUUAUUAAAGAUUGCAGUUUUUUUAAGGAGGAUAGAAGGAUACAGCGUACGCAAUGUCCUGAAAAAAAGUAGUCUGGCUUUGAAGUCGAUAAAAAUUUUAUUACUGAUAAAAUAUUGUUAUAAUGAAAAGUUAUUUUAUCAUUUUAUAGAUAUAUUAUUAAAAAAUGUUACUAUAUAAAAUAUAUUUAUAUAAAGAAUGUAUAAUAUAUACAUAUAUACAUAUAUCUUUUUAAUACUGAUAAAACCCUUAUCGACGCUGGAAAUAAAAUUAAACUUUCUUUUUCGUUACUUUGUAUGACAUGAGUGAUAUUAAUGAUCGCACUAGCACACGCUAAAGACAAAUUUAAUUCUAUGCAAAUUAACAUUAGCGAAUACGCUAACGAGCAUAAGUAAGGCAAUUAUGUUAAUAGAGAUUGUGAGUGGGAAUUCGUCUUCAUAAAAGUGAUUGGGUCUGCUUGUUUAUAUCGUUCUUUUUUUCCAAAGCCAGUUUUAUUUUAAGUACAGAAGGUAAUAAAAAGCGCGAUUAAAACAUGCAGACUCAUUGUAAUAUGUAGUGUACAUAAUCACGAUACCAUUCCAUUUCUGUUGUAAAUUUCAGUAAAGAUAUUUUGCUGCAGUUUUCUAUUAAGACGUAUAAAAUGAUGCCAGAAUGUUGCAAACGUUAAAAAAAUUAUGUAUUUCUGUUGUAUUCCACAGUAUAAACUAUAAUACAUAAAUUUUAUAAACCUAACUUAUUAACAGUAAUUUCAAAUACUUACAUGCAAUGGAAAUCCAAUGUACAUCAGCCUACUUAUAGAAUAAUUAUACUGAGCACAGGAUAAAUUAUUGAAACGAGAAUUUACUGAAAUUGGUGAGCUUACAAGAAUGAUUUGCUUUGAGACACAUGUAAUUUUCUUAUUGCAUAAGUGCAAUCUUUUAUCUAUUUUACUCGUAAGGUAUGUGUAUGACGAUAAAAUUGUAACGUUUGUUCAGAACAUUUUAUUAUAAUUAUUAUAAACGCAAAUCGGAUAAUUUUCUUUAAAAAAAUUAUAACUAAUCGCAUAUGAAAUGUGUGUGUAUAUAUAUAUUACGCGUCUUAAGUUAUCAAAAAAUAAAUUUCUGUCCAAGUUAAAAUACACACAGUGAUACCUUAAACAUUUUACAUAAUAUUUCAAUAUUUUGUAAUAGUUUUAGUUCUGUAAAAAUAAAUAAAUACUCCUGUCUUCCUAACAACACAGUUCAUUAGGUGUAGUUAUCGUAUUAUUAACGAAGAGGUUCACAAAAUUUAUGAUAAAUUAAUGAUAAAACGCUUUACAAGGAAGCAGAUGAUUCCUCAUAAUAUAAAAAUAUGUUUUUUUAAUAAAAUAUAUUUUAUUAUAUGAAA